UCUAUGCGUAAUAUGCGAGAAAAAAAUGAAAUAUGCCAUGGGGUUUUUGUACUCUUCAAAGGAACGAUAAAACUGAAAGUCCUGAACAUACGUAGAAGAAAAUAAAUUCUAAUUUCAUUUUCAGAAUAUUAUCUGUUUGAAAAAACAACGGGUGUAUACUCUUGCAGUCUUUGAUAUGUUGCACAAUAAUAAUAAACGGGCAUCUGAUCAGCUUUUUGUUAGUGCUAACGUUGUUAUAAAAUUUUCAUAAAAAAAAAACAAAAACAAAAACAACAACAACAACAACAACAACAAAAACAUUUAAGGAGAUAGUUUAGGCGGUGGCAUUCAUUUGAUCUCUUCAUUAUUACGUUAGCAUUUGACGUGAAAAUAUUAACAAGAAAAAGGCACAAAAAGCAAACAUACAAAAAACAAAUAAUAAUAAAAAAAAACAAUAACAAAGAACGAAGAAAUGCGAAGUAUGAUACUCAUAUGCAUGCAUGGCUUCAAAACCUUUAUACUGGUAUUACGUAAAUGAAGCGGAAGUCACGUGACAUGAAUCUCAAGUCUCGCUUCUUUAGCCCGUCAAAGACAUACCGUCUCGUUUUGCACAAAAUACUGUCAGAAGUUUUCAUAAAAAUGAUUUAGAAAAUUUGCACGUAUCAUGGAGCACAUAAAAACAAAACGAAAAACACUUUGUAUCUUGAUUUUAGUGCUUGUAUGUAACUUCAUGUUCUCUACCGGUAUUAGCUGGACAAGAUAUAACUAUAGAUUUUAUUUUUCCGGAUACAGAUGUGUUCCAAAUGAAACUAUAUUUCAAAAGGACGACGUUUUUGAUUCGGUAACAUGCGGAAGGAUGUGUUACGUGACCAAGCAGUGCCUCAGCUACGUGUAUCAGCCAGACAGUCACCAGUGCAUCGGAUGUCGUGUCCAUGGUGAGAAAUGGGCUGGUCAUUACGAUGCACUUCCAGGAUCAAUGUAUCUGUCACGCUCAUGUGACCAGACGUAUCUAAGGGUUGGUUACUAUGACAGUCCUGCAAUCUACCGUUCUGGUGGUAAAUAUACUCCCGACAACGUUGAUGCCAGACUAUGUACACAUAUCAUAUAUAGUUUUGCUGGGAUCGCCAAUAAUACACUCCGUAUGGCGUUACUGAAUGAUGGGAAAAUGUUCAAGAAGCUACAGAAGUUGAAAGUUUCAAACCCAUGUCUGAAGACACUAAUUGCUGUGGGAGGAUAUGAAGGAGCAAGUUCAGACUACUCUUUGAUGAUGGAAAGUAAAGAAAAUCGCCUAAAGUUCAUUGAGUCAGCCCGUUCCUUUCUGCGUACAUAUGGAUUCAACGGCGUUGACCUCAAAUGGGAACAUUCAGUACAAGAAAGCAAGCCGGAAGACAAACAGAAUCUUGUGCUACUAGCUAAAGAGAUGAAAGAGGCAUUUGUCAUUGAUGGGUAUUUGCUAUCAGCAGAAGUUCCCGCCAGACAAUGGGAAAUCGAAGGGAAAUAUGAUGAGAAAGCACUAGCUGAACAUCUAGACUUCAUACAUGUAACCACGUAUGAUCUCCACCUUGACAUGCACACUAAUAGUUACACUGGAUUACAUUCCCCAUUGUACCUGAGCAGUCAAGCUUUAGCUGAAGACACCAGCUUGAACUCAGCUGCCGAAUACUGGAUUUCAAAAGGUGUACCAAAGAAGAAGUUGAUCAUAGGUAUUGCAACAUACGGACGCACAUUUACACUACUAAAUGAAGGAGAAAGCAUGAUUGAUGCACCAACUAUAGGUUUGGGGGGUCCUGGAGAGUUCACCUUGAAGCCAGGGCUGUUGUCAUAUUAUGAGAUCUGUCUGAUGCAGGAGCGUGGGCUUGGUAUAGAACACUGGGAUGACGAGCAAAAAGGUCCAUACUAUGUCAAUAGAUUACUUUGGGUCGGCUACGAUAAUGUGAGAAGUAUCUCUGAAAAGAUGUCUUGGUUAAAGGAAAAAGGAUACGGAGGGGUUGUGAUGAAUUCCUUGGACCUAGAUGACUACGGACAGGUGUGCAAAUCUUCGAGUCGACCAUACCCGCUUCUCAAUGCUAUAAAUGAUCACCUUACAUCCGGAUUAGAAAAGACGGCACAAGAUCAAAAGUAAAAGACCUAUGAACACUGAAGUCAAUGGAUGCAAAGAACAUAAUAUCAGUCUAGUGGAUACAACAGAUUAAAUCUAUGUCUACCCUUUCUCUAUUGGGCAUUUAUUUAGAUAUGUCAACCAUUGGCUGUUGGUUGUUGGUUUCAAACGUCAAAAUUAUUAUCCGCAAUAGAUCAAAGACUACAAUUAGAAUUUCUUCUGACGUCAAAAUCAUGAUUGGAAAGAUAUUAAAAGCUAUAAUCAGAACUUCUUCUGACGUCAAAAUCGUGAUUGGAACUAUAAUUACAACUUCUUCUGACGUCAAAGUCUUGAUUGGAAAGAUAUUAAAAUCUAUAAUCAGAAUUUCUUCUUACGUCAAUAUCAUGAUUGUAAAGAUAUUAAAGACUAUAAUCAGAACUUCUUCUGACGUCAAAAUCGUGAUUGGAACUAUAAUCAGAACUUCUUCUAACAUGACAAUCGUGACUGGAAAGAUAUUAAAGACUAUAAUCUGACCUUCUUCUGAUUUACAGGAUAAUUUAGAUUACGAUUUAACCCUUAUCAUGCUAGACAUGAUUGAGUUUGCCUCUGCGACCAGUGUAGAUAAUGAUCAGCCUGCGCAUCCGUGCAGUCUGAUAUGAUCUGCACUGUUCGCCAUUUAGUCAGUAU